AUGUCAAGUAAUAAAAUAAUUAAAAUUCAAAAACAGUUAACUUUUAAUCCAUCUUUGUUGUUGUUAUUGAAUAGAAAUAGAUAUAGGUUAUGCAAUCAAAAUUUAUACUAUUCAACAACAACAACAACAUCAGCAACACAGUACUAUAGUAAAGAGGAAAGAAGAGGAGGAUCCAUCGAUUAUUUAAAAAUACCAACACCACUACCAAAACCACCACAUAGCGAUCCUCACCCUCAAGAACCUAGAGACUCUAAUCCUCAAGCACCAAGACCACCCUCUGAAAGAUUCCCUUCACCAUUUCCGAAACCCCAAAGAAAAGAAAGACCAGAUUCAAGACCAGAAGAUGGUUAUCCAAAUCCUUCACCUAUUUAA